GCGACGAGACACACGCGCGCCGUCUUAUCUGCUGUAUAUUUCUCUCCUCUCUCUCGAUUUUUUCCCUACUACUUUGCAGCUUGGUGUCGUAUUGUGUGCGCUUGGGCUCUAUCUCUCUGUGUAGCGCACUUUUAUUAUCAGUCGCGCGAGUGCGUACCCGCGAGUUUGAUUCGCCUGAAGAGAGAGAGAGAGUAGUGUGUCUUGACCGGUGACUCUGUUAGUCGCACGUGUGCAAAAACGUCAACAGACCCAAUUUACACACACACACGAAAAGUUGAAUGAAGUAGAACGGAGCCGAUAAAUUGCCUCCCUUGUUUUUGUAUGUCGAUUAACACCCGCCUCGCGAGCAGCAGAGGGAAGGAAUAAAUAAGCACGACGAUAACGAGUCGAAGACGAAGACGAAGACGAAGAAGAAGAGCAACGGAUUCGGCGACAGCAACAGAAGCCAUCAAAUCAGCAGCAGCAGCAUGUCGAAGAAAGGCAAGGACGCCGGCGUCGUCGAGGCGGCCAGCUCCAAGGCGGCCUUCAGCAGCGGUCCCGUGGUCAGCCGCGACGGCUGGAGGAAUCUCCUCGCCUUCUGGAUCCUCGGACUGUGCAACAAUUACGGCUACGUGGUGAUGCUGAGCGCGGCUCACGACAUACUCGCCCUCAACGACGAUCCGACGACGACGGAGCACAAAGUGGCGAACGCGACGACGCGCGACUGCAACGAGCUCUCGACGGGUGCCAUUCUGCUGGCCGACAUACUGCCCAGCGUGGCCGUUAAGUUGAUAGCGCCGUUUUUGCCAUUCAUGGUGCACGCACGAAUGAUGGUCUGCGUGACGUUCUCCGCGGCGGGUCUACUACUGGUCUCUCAAUCCGGUGGCAUGCAAAUCCUCGCAAUCGUCGGCGUCGUCAUCACGUCGCUGUCCUCGGGUCUGGGUGAAGUCACGAUACUCAGCUACAGUCAUCGUUACACCAAAAACGUGAUAUCCACGUGGUCGUCGGGCACCGGCGGUGCCGGCAUCAUCGGCGCCGCCUCGUACAUACUGCUGCACGAGCUGCUCGGGCCCAAGGACGCCCUCAUGGUCAUGCUCGUCGUGCCCAUCGUCCAGGCGCUGACCUUCUGGCUGGUGCUGCUGCACCCGGAGCCGGCCAUGACCCUCGUCGUGGAGAACGGAGGGGCCGGCAGCCAGGAGCAGAUGAUAGAGGCGCCGAACAUGACGCUCAAGGAGAAGUUCGCCCUGGUGCCCAAGCUGCUCAAGUACAUGAUCCCGCUGGCGCUGGUCUACUUCUUCGAGUACUUCAUCAAUCAGGGACUGUACGAGCUUAUCGAUUUCCGCAAUUUCUCGUUGGAGCACAAGCUGCAGUACCGCAUCCUACAGAUGGACUACCAAAUCGGAGUAUUCUUGUCCCGAUCCUCCAUCAACUUCUUAUCUGUCGACAAGAUCUGGAUCAUGUCCGUGUUACAAUUCAUCAACGUCGUUAUAAUGACUUUCGAAGCCAUUUAUUAUUACAUUCCAACGAUUUGGAUUGUGUUCGCUCUGGUAUUGUGGGAGGGUCUCCUAGGAGGCGCCGCUUACGUCAACACCUUCUACAGAAUGACGAAAGAGGUACCAUGGGAAAAACGUCAAGUGGCACUAGGUAUCGCCUCGAUGUCGGACUCGUUCGGCAUCGCCAUCGCCGGCUGGUUGGCCAUGCCGGUGCACAAUCAGAUCUGCAAUCUGCCCCUGCCCCAGAGGCUGGGCAGCUGAAGAUCUUCCACGGCGCCGCAUCGUCUCUGAUUGUAUACACAUCAGUCGAUCGUUUCUCAAGAUGCAAGAAGAAAAAACACGUCAUCCCAGAAGAAAAAAAAACAUUCGUUUUCAUUAUUAUAUCGCAGACUCGUGUUACGGUUCACCGCAGAGCUUCGCAAGUGCAGGAGGCUGUUUUACUCUUGUUUGAUCUUGACUCGAAACGAAGAGAGACGUGUAUAGUCGAGAGCGAGAAAUUUUUUUAUUUAAUGUUAAGGUCGUAGAUUGGAUAAAGUGCUUGCCCUCCUCCUUUUUUUAUACAAAUUCAUGUCGAUGUAAAGAAAAAUGAUUAGUAGAAUUAUUCGAGUCUAGAUCGUGGUUUUUAUCCCGAAAACUUAAAAACUUAGUUGAUUAAUCGUUUAAAAAUCGAACUACAUUAUAAAAUUCAUUUGAGGUCUGCCGAGUGAAAUAAUCGUGUCACAGUCAAAGUGAGCUCCGUAAACGUUGCUUACUUUAGAUAAUUUAGACCAAUUUCAAAGUGUGUAGAUUCCUGCACGACCGACUGUAUAAAAAAAUGUACUCAAGGAUUGAAAUUUCUCACAAAAAAACUGAUAACUUUUUUUUUUGUAAAGUAUCGCACUUUCUUCAUUUAAAAAUUUAGUUGUAAUAAUUAAUGAACGCCAGGGCACAGUAUUCUUGAUUCAGCCCUUAUCGACGGAAGAUGAACAGUUCAUUCAUUCCAAAGACAAAAAACAAACGAAAAAACAAACACCAAAUCGACGAUAACCGAAGGGGAAAAGAUAUAAAAAUAUAAAAUGUGUGAUAAUUGAAAUCCUCGCUCCGUAUUGCUGUUAAUAAAAACGAUACCUAUCGAGUAGGUAGUUCGUAAUAAUAUUCUUCGAAAUAGUGCGUGCUCCGCAUGGAUAUAGUUAGUCGAUAUUACAUACACGAUUCGCUUUUACAUUAUAUACUUUAAACUAUAUUGAUCUUAGUUAGAAGACUAAUAAUAUUUUUUUUUCCUGUCGUCGGGAGAUUAUAAGAGUCAGUGAGUCGCGUAUGUUUACGUACGCGCGCGAGCGCAGCUAUAUAAAGGAAAGAAAAAGACAAAGCGCGUCGUUUUAAAGAAAGAAAAAUCGACGCGCUAGUAUUUUCUUAUAAAUGGCAUAUACGUGAUUGUGCGCAGUGUGUGCGUGUGUGUGUGCGCGCGCGAAUGCGAGUGAGUUUAUUAAGAAAAAAAAAAAAGGAGUCACGAUCCUUUUUUUUUUAUUUCAUGGCUGUUUUAAAAGCGAAAAAAAGAAGAGCGCUGUGUGUUAAUAUGUAAUAGGUAUUUCGAAUUGAGCUUUAUAUGGUAGUCGGGACCAUGGCGAUCGAUUUUAUUGAAAAUUCGACGCUUUGGACAUUUUGUACAUUUUUUAAUUGUCGACAAUCAUUGUAAAAAAAACAUACCGUUGCAAAUUUCAAAAAUGUCGUAAUUAUGUACUUUUGUUUUGUACUCGAACUUAUAUCCGCGUCAACUUUCAAUUAUAUUUUACAUAGAGCAAAGUAUCGAUGGUCUCAAACGUAAAUAGUUAGACUAUAGUGGCAUUUACAAUUUUAAAUGCGUAACUGACAAAAAAAAAAGUCUAGAAUUUUUUACUCUCGAUGCAACGAUAUUCUCCGUAAUAAAAGUUUCAAACUUUUGAACUGACAUAUUUAUACGUAGAACGUGGAAAAUGAGUAUAACGUGCAAUUUUUACACCACAAGAAUAUUUCCAAAAAACACAAAAAAUGUACACCGUAUGCUCUCUAUUCGAUUACACUAACUAUGAUAUAUAAACAAGAGAUUAAAGUUCCGAAUAGGGAAUAAAGCAAUAAAUAAGAGAAGAUAUAGAUCGUAAGUUUUAGCAUUUUACGAAGAAUAAAAAUCUUUAUCGAGUCAAUUUUUAUGUAAAAGUGACAAAUAAUAGUUGUAUAAAAUAUUUGAGUGUAUUUUGAGUCUUUUCUUAUACAAAGUACCAAUAAAGAUAAUGACGAGAGUCAUCCAACCGAAUAUA